GGGUUUUUCUCUCAGUCUUUUGGUUUUUCUUUCCCAUAGUCAUUCCUCCAUUUGUGCUUUUUUUUAGUUAGAAGCAAUAAGCACUGUUUUUCUGUCCUUUUUAGAGUUUUUUGGCUCAUUGUGUUUGCCAACGGAGCCAUUAUUUUGCUUUCUCCGAGGGGACUUUUAGAGAGCGGGAGGUUUUGCACUGCUCUGUUGAUUUCUGUUUCGAAUGGUCAUUCAGAGCCGCUGGGCACUCCGGCAGGUUUCAGCGGAGCCAACAUGUUGUUGGACUACAUGGACUUUUUAAGUACUGUCUGAUGGCUUCAGACUUUUUCUUUUCAUAUCUUUUGCUUGAUGGAACAAAGGAUUGAGUGAAAAAGAUGAAAAUGAAAUGGAAAGAUUAGAUAAUGCAGAAAUCGGAGAGCUCUGAGGGGUAAAACGCAAAAGUUUUUCUGUGGCAGACGGUAAUGAGGGCUGAUGGAAGAGACUGUAGAGAUGACUGUGAUAAAGAAAGAAAAGGAGCCAGAGGGAUAGAGAUGGCAAAAAGAAAAUGAAGCCUUAGCCUACAGUUUUGGUUUGAGUAAGUUUAAUUACAUAUUGAAGGGAUUUUUUUUUUUAAACCCUUGUAAGCUUUUCAGUCAUUUUUGGCUGAUUUCUUUUAAACUCUGACUAUUUUAGAAAUGUAAUUUGGAAAAACAAAACAAAAAAGAGGAUCAGAUAAGUCUAAGUCAAUAAAAAAGUCACCUUGUCAAUAAAAAAAAAAAAAAAGGUUUAGAAGGUUUAAAAAAAUAUUGCUGAAAAUGAGUUGCAGUUGGUAUUAGAGGGCGGGGCAUUCUCAUUCUAGGGAGCAUCUGAUUGGAUGGAAUUCUGUGCAGUGCAGGAUGAGUCAUCAGGAUUUAUAGUGAGUGUUCCGAAAGAAACACUUUGUGUUCAAAGUGAUUAUUAGGUGUAAACUGGCUUGAACAUGACCUCAAUGGUAACAGACAUUGACUAAAAGCAACAAAACUCUGAUUUUGAUUUUGUGGGUUAUUUAAAAAGAGUAGAAAUAGCCAUAAGAGAGUAUGCAAGUGAGAUAAAGAAUAGCUAACUGUUGAGCAGCAAAUAGAUACAGGCAGGAAGAAGUGAUAAAGGGAAAGACACCUGAAUGAAUGAGAGAGAGAGAGAGAGAGAGAGAGCAAAAGAAAAGCAGGAGGGCCGGCCCACUCAUAGUGACUGAGAGCCAGAGUUUAGAGUUUGUCAGGAGAUGACAGAGUGGGGAGAGAGAAAGACUGAAUGAGCUGAAUGGUUUAGAAAGUGAAGGAAUAGAAGAAAAAAAAAGAUUGAAGCAAAGAAAGAGGAAGAAAACCGAUGCGUAAAAACUUGGAUUUAAUUAAUUUUUCCAUCCUGCAGCCGGCUUCCCUGGAUCUACAUCUUGCCAGCACUGCCACGUGCUCGCUACACACACACACACACACAUACUUCUGGGUCUGCCAGACAGGGGUAUGUGGCCACAUCCUGGAUCACUCUCAUCUCUGGAUAUGCUUCUGUGGUCGUAACACUCGUCUGUGUGCGUGUGUGUGAGCAUGGGAGGUGUGGAGUUCACCGGUGUGAUAUGGAACUAUCAGUUUAACUCCGGAAUCCUUUAAGAAGUUUCACCAGCAUGGAUUAACGAAAUAUGAGGAGAUUUGGGCAUGUUCAACAGAAACCACAUCCUCUCUUUGGGAGAGAACGGACACAUCUUUAAGCUGAAUCGUAGUUUAAAAAAAAAAAAUUGCCACAUCGAAAGUUCUUAAUGGUUCCUUUGUGAUUGCGACUUGUCCUUUUGUGAGCCCUUGCACACUCCCGUGCGUGUUGAUGUGUGAUGCGGUCAGCGGGUCAGGUGCCGUUGGCGAUGCCUGCUGUGUGCCCGCGUGUAGGGGGUAAGGAGUGGUGUUUUCAGGAUGCAGUAGGAGUGGACUGCAGCUCUCCAGAACCUCGCUGUAUCUGGGUGGCGGUUUUACAUGGGGAUACACCACAAAUAAACGUUUCGAACCUCCAAAAUGACACUAUUGAAAGCACAAAUGGCAUCAAUGCCAGCAGAGCACUGCCGAGACCCUCACAGACCUGCAGGGCAAAGGGGCGGAGAGAUAGGAUCUCCUCAUCCAGUGAGAACCCUCGGCCGGUGGUCAGGAGCGGGGCAGAUGGCUUGGGCGUGUCCUGGCAGGGUCCACGUACACUGGUGCUCCAUAAGAACUCUCAGGGCUUUGGCUUCACACUACGUCACUUCAUCGUUUACCCGCCAGAGUCCGCCCUGCACACCAGUCUCAAGGAUGAAGAGAAUGGGAAUGGAAAGGGGCUCCAUCGGAGUCGUCUGGAGCCCAUGGACACCAUCUUCGUUAAGAAUGUGAGGGAAAAAGGCCCCGCCCACCAGGCUGGCUUGUGUCCAGGAGACAGGCUGGUUAAAGUGAAUGGAGAGAGCGUGCUGGGCAAGACAUACUCGCAGGUCAUUGCACUGAUUCAGAACAGUGAGAGUGUACUGGAGCUCUCCAUCAUGCCAAAGGAUGAAGACGUGCUGCAGCUGGUAAGUGCAUAUUCCCAUGAUGCCUACCUAACAGGGAACAAUCCAUAUACAGGAAAGGCCCAGAAUCUUCCUCCACCACCCCCUGUCCUCUACCCUCCACGUACAAAAACCCAGCCUCCUGCAGGGUACCCCCCCAACCCUGCCCCAGCUUCUUCACACAUGGGGCAAAACCAGCUGGACAACUGGAGCCGCUGGCCCGGCUCCUCGUCUGGUCCCUCUCCGCCCCUUGACAACCGGACAGUAGCUUCCAAUACCGUCUGGGCAGCCGAGGGCAGGAGCUGUGAGCCAGGAGGUGUUGGUCACACUAGCCCUGCACACCGAACUGAAGAGAUCCAGUAUGGAAUGACUGACAGGGAACAGCAGGCAACCGGACAAAUGAGAGGACGCUCAUAUUCUUCAUCUUCUUCCUCGGGAGGGAUGAUGAGCCCAUUGCAUCAUGCUCAUCUCGCCAACCACAACGUGGGGCACAUUGGAGGCCGCAAGGAAAGCCCACCUUGGGCCAGCCCUUCUCAGUCAACAUCAACACCCCCAUCCAGCCGCAGCGAAUGCACCCAACAAGCCCUUUCCAACUGGUACUACAGCCAGGUACCUGGCCGGGAACGGGAACGAGAGCGAUCAAAUUCUCGCUCCAUGCAUCCACGCAACAGGAGUUUCUCACAGGAUCGUCUAGGUGAGCUUGGGAGGGCCAGGCGUUCGCAGCAAGUGGGUUUUCCUCACAGUGCAUCGCAAGACACAUUGCUGCUGCUUCAGCAGAGCUCGGCAGCAUACGCUGAUCCUCACUGGAACCACAGAGACUGGCGGGGUGAGCAUGCUUAUGGACACCACCCAUCUGCGGUGGCAUAUGGGCGCAAGUCCUCCGAAAACCUUCUCGCAAGCCGGUACGGACAUACGGGACGUUCACUGGAAACUCUCGACAGAGCUGUGGGGAUACUUUCUUCACAAAUGGAAAGAUCUACUUGGGUCCAGCAGCCUCCAAACAGGACUGAAAGCUAUCUGAGAUGUGGCGGACAUUGUGAGUCACACCACCAAAUCCAGCAGCACCACCACCAACACACACCUCAGCAUCAAAACCUCACACACGCAGCGCACCAACACUCAUCUCAGACUCCGCAACCACAGCAGGCAGCUCCACAGGCAAGACGUUUGCCUUCUUGCCAGAGUCUAGACGAGGAGCCGAUUGGCUAUCGUAGCUACAGCCCCUCUUUCAACCGGAAGACCGGCCGUAUCUUGCAGCAAGCCCAGUCUUUCAGAGACCCCUCUUACACAGGUCCACACCUCUGGACCCCUACAACCAAAACCAGUCCUCCAGAGGGGCUUCCAUCCUCGUCCUCUCCUUCCCCAACUCCACCAACCACCUCCUCUACAACUGCUAUUCCCACAUCCCUUGAAGGACAAGACAGAACUUACCGACCCACUAAUCACGACAGAGGGGCAGGGGAAGCAACAGGUGAAGCCCAGACACAGGAAGUGGUUCUAAGGCAGAAACCACCCACCGGCCGAAGGGGUGCGAAUGCCCUACGGCAUCCACAUUACGGCAUAGCACUUGACUCCAGUGACCCUCUACUCUUUACCUCUGAUCCUACGGAGCCCCCUGCCAAAGCGGAGAGUGCUAUUUCUCAUCGGCGUACAAACGGUAACCUACCACCUCUGUCUAUAGAGGAUGAUUCCCUCGCGUCAAUUCCCUUCAUAGAUGAGCCGACCAGUCCGAGUGCAGAUCUGCGGGCUCGUCAUGUCCCCGCCUCCUCCGUCGUGUCCAGUGGCGGUAUAAACUCCGCCCCUGCUGUGGCCACAAGCCCCGCCUCCCCAACCUUCACCUUUCCCCUCAACCGCCUUUUCUCCCACAACUGCACAGGUGAUCCUAAGUCUAAUCGUCGCUCUUCUUACCUGCUGGCCAUCACCACUGAGCGCUCCAAGUCAUGUGAUGAGGGCCUUAAUGCAUAUAGAGAAGAGGGGCGGAUCUUCUCGAGGAUUCCAAAAAGAGUUAAGAGCUUCUUUACUGAAGGGUCUCUGGACAGUCUGGGUGCUGCAGAAGAGGCUCGCUCUAAACGACACUCUACCUCGGAGCUGGGCAGCAUCAGCUACAGUGACGUGAAGAGAGAAGGCUGGCUUCACUUUAAACAGAUCCACACGGAGAAGGGCAAGAAGGUGGGUAGUGCCAUCUGGCCUUGGAGGCGGGUGUUCUCCGUGCUUCGGUCCCAUUCUCUGUUCCUCUACAAAGACAAGCGAGAGGCAGUGCUCAAAGGGGCGGUGCUGGGAGGCGGGGCCGAAGAGGAGCAGCCAAUCAGCAUCCGGGGCUGCCUUGUGGAUAUUGCAUACAGUGAAACGAAGCGCAAACAUGCGCUGAGGUUGACCACACAGGACUUCUGUGAAUACCUGCUACAGGCGGAGGACAGAGAUGACAUGCUGGAGUGGAUUAGGGUCAUCCGAGAAAACGGCAAGACUGACAACGAGGAAUUGGGUUUCUCACGACAAGCUCUCAUCAAUAAGAAACUUAAUGACUACAGAAAGCAAAGUCCAACGGGUAAUAAACCAGACUCCUCACCCAGAGUGCCUCGAAUGACAUUUCUGCUCAGUAAGCAAGACAACAGCGCACCUCCACGUUCCCCAAAACACGAGGCCAAAGAUGAAAGCAGCCCCCCUAAAUCUCCGUGGGGCAUAAAUAUAAUGAAGAAGGCUAAAAAAGCAGGUCCUAAAGCAUUUGGUGUGCGUCUAGAGGACUGCCAGCCUGCUACAAACAACAAGUUCAUUCCCCUGCUCGUGGAGAUCUGCUGUGGGUUGGUGGAGGACAUGGGUCUGGAGUAUACAGGGAUCUACAGAGUGCCAGGGAACAAUGCAGUAGUGUCCAGCCUGCAGGAGCAUCUCAACAAAGGAGGAGACAUCAACAUCGCUGAGGAGAAAUGGCAAGACCUGAAUGUGGUCAGCAGCCUGCUAAAGUCCUUCUUCCGUAAACUCCCAGAACCUCUCUUCACAGAUGACAAAUACAAUGACUUUAUUGAGGCCAAUCGGAUGGAGAGUGCCAGUGAUAGACUAAAGACAAUGAAGAAACUGAUUCGUGAUUUACCAGAUCAUUACUUCCACACUCUAAAAUUCCUAAUUGGACACCUAAAGACUGUGGCAGACCACUCUGAGAAGAACAAAAUGGAGCCGCGUAAUUUGGCGCUGGUGUUUGGCCCCACUCUUGUCCGGAACUCAGAGGACAACAUGACAGACAUGGUCACCCACAUGCCUGACCGCUACAAGAUUGUGGAGACACUCAUUCAGCAUCAUGCCUGGUUUUUCUGUGAAGAACAUGAAAAAGAUGAAAAGACACCAGUGGACACAGAGGACGUUCAGCCCGCCCCAAACAUAGAUCACCUCCUCUCUAAUAUUGGUCGGACGCUUGGGGAGGCAUCAGACUCAACCAACAGUGAUUCUGCAAAAUCAAAGGGGUCAUGGGGAUCAAAACGUGACUUUACUGCCAAGGAUAUCCUGACGUUAUCGAUUAUGUCGGCUGUGACACGCAAGCGCCGGAAGCGGCCUAACGGCCGUCUCAUUGGGAGCAGCACUGAUGACGAUUCUGAGCACGAACCCGUUAAAUCCUGCAUCUCCGAAAAAGAUGACUUGCAAGAGAUGGGGCAGGUUGCAUCCUUCUGCGCCCCUCGAGCGGAGGCAGAAGAGGAUGAAGAAGAGGAGGAGGAGGAGGAGUGUGAGAGAGAGAAGGCACAGGAGCUUAAGGAAGAAGUAGUUCCCAGCAUUUCCUCCACAGAGGAAGCGGCCCCAGUGGUGCUGUUGAGCGAGGAGGAAGAGCAAAGGUCUGAAGUGAAAGGUCGCAGCUGGCGAGGAGAUGAUGCACGGUCUAUUGUGUCAGGUUACUCUACUCUGUCCACUCUGGGGCGGAGUUUAACAUCAGAGGGGCGGGGUGAAGAUGCAGACGACGAGCAUAGUGAACUGGUGAGUGAAACCGAUAAUGAAAGCGGAUUCGCUUCGCGCUCCCUCACCCAAGAGAGGCCGGAAAAACCAAGCCAUUCAAGCCAGAACUCACACACCUCACCCGAACCAACCGCACCACGCAGUUUCCUCUAUGCCCACUGCAAAUCGCACACGCCUCAUUCUGCCUCUGGCUUAUCCCUUGCUCCGCCUCCUCCUCCCCUCACAACCAGUCCUGAAGAUAGCGCAGCACGUUCAUCUACUCCUUCAAGCACCUCUUACUCAUCAUCCGCCUCCCAGCGCCUCCACAGCCGCCCCUCUUUUAACUCCCACCGCCUCAUACAGUGCGACACCCUCGCGCGCCGUCGGCUCAAGGCAGACAAAUCCAAAGGGCCCUCAGUGGAUCUUUCCGAACAGUCCAGCUCCUCCACCACGGAGGGAGAACGGCGGUCAGGUGCGACUCAAAUCCUUGAUUCCUCUUCCUCUCAGUCCCCCAAAGCCAAAUCCUCCUCUAAAGGGGUUAACGUGCGAAACGAGUGCACGCCAAAUUCCGCAGCCGGUCUAGGAAGUAAGAGCUGCUUGUUGUCCACUGGGCAGGGUUCCCUGGCGGAUCAGGUCCGGGCUCGUCUGAUGGGCUCGGCGGAUGAUCUACGCAGCGUCGGCCUGAGGAAGCAGCUCUCGCCAGAGACACGCCGAAAGAGACGUGCAUGGAGGAGGCACACCGUGGUGGUCUCUCCUACGGACUGUUCAGUGAAAAAACCACUGGCGCUGCCCCCCAAACCUCUAGCGUCACCCUCCCCUGUUGAAAAGCAGGACGUUGGAGAGUCCCACCCAGAGUGCUCAGAGACUGAAGCCCCUACUGCACGGCGGGCCCUGCCUACCUCACGCUUUCGUGAUUUCCUGUAGCAGUGAUGGUGUGUACAGGCUAGUGAACCAAGAGAGCUGGAUUUGGGUUGUGUUGUAGCUGCGUCCUCAGUCUGUUCACACUGCUCACACUGACAGCGAUUAUGUGGUUGAUUAAGUACUGUUGACCGCUAGGUGUUCAUACUCACUAUAGUCAAAGACUAUAGAAUACCCAAGACAUGUCACUCGUAUAGUUUUGAAUGGGGAAAAGUGCAGCGCUCGAUAUGGCUGCUCAAUCGCAGGAAGCCCCGCCUUCUGAAUGAAAGAGCCAAUUGCUAAUUGGUAAAGUCACUGCAGUUAGAAGUCCCGGUUGCUAUAGAAACAGUCAGUGUUCUGAGAUGUGCACUUAGGACUGUGAAUGCGCACUGGCUGGUCUAGUCUGAAAAAUAAGCUUUUUUUAUGCUGUUUGAGCAAAAUAAACAACAAAUAUGAUACAGUUGUUGUCAGAUUACUUUGGUGAUUUCAGAUAUGAAAUUUAAUCUUAUUAAGCUUGGCAAAAAGUUUUUAAGAAUUUGAUGUUUCCCCAUUCAAAGAUAUAGGAGCUGCACUUGCGUGCCCGAGAGGCAUUUCAAAGACGGCUGCCGAGUGACAUGUCCUCCCUUAAAGAGACUUUGCUGUAGUGUCCAACUGUGUCUAGUAGUGGAUGAUGUGAGCACCAUUGUGCACCAUUCAGAAUUAGAUUGAGAAUGAUUUUAAAUUCUAGUUCAGUUUUGGAAUUUGAACAGAAUUUAAAUUGAGGUAGCAAAUUUAAAAAUGGAAUUUUAUUAAGUGGAAUUAAAAUGAACUGAAAUUCAAAUAAAACUGCAACAAGGGCAUUUUCAUACCUGUAGAGUGUUUGCUUUGUUCCGGAAGAGGGAUUUAAAUUGUUACAAUAGCCCCUUUCACACAUACAGAGUUUACUGGUAAAUUACUGGUAGAUUACCAUUAAGAAAUCAUGUGUGAACAGGAUCUUUUCAAAAAUACCGGUAAAUUUGUUCUGGCAAUUUGAGAAGUUGUAACAUUACCAGUAAAUUACCACAAUGAUGCUGUGUGUGAACGCAGAAUGAAGAUUACCAAUAUGAGUGUGUAUGAGUUCAGAAUGCGCUGAUGUAAGACGUCUACUCUGGGCCAAUCCAGAGCCACUGAAAUUCAACGCCUCUGGGCCAAUUAUAACACUCUGAUGCAAACGAUGCAUUUACUCCACACUGUGUAGUUCGAUUUGAAGUCAUGUAAUGCAAUAUCUCUGGGCCAAAAUUGUGCAUGAAUGUGAACGUUUGACACAAAAA